AUGAACAUGUACUUCAAUAAACGAUUUCUCCAAGCAUUCCUAAGGAAAUGGAGGAAACUAAGCAUCGAGGCACUGGCACGUGACUAUCGACGCUGGGAACUGCUGAGCAGAAGCAGCAUUAAUGACGAGGAAUUCUCGAUCCCUAAAGAUGUGCCGAAGGGACAUUUAGUAGUCUACGUAGGAGAAGAACGUAAAAGAUUUGUGAUCCAUGUAUCCUUUCUUGAUCACCCUAUGUUUAGAGCUCUACUGGAUCGGGCUCAAGAGGUCUACGAGUUCAACCCGGAUUCGAAGCUACGCAUACCUUGUGACGAGUCCAUGUUUCUUGGAGUUCUUCGGUGUGUUGGAUCCCAUCAUCGACAAGAGAAAAGGAUUUGGUUGUGCUUGUAACGCUGAAGUGAGUGGUACCGUCGUAAGUUGAUG